UUUUGUGCCCUCGUCGUCCAUUGUGAAUCCUUUUCUUCCUUCUUUAUCCCGAGAAAAAGGAAGCCACUCAACAGCAUUUAUGCGAUUGACCCAUAGCGCCUCAUUACGCCCAGUGCACCUAAAUCGUCCUUCGACGUCUAACCGAUAUCCACGUUAAUUAGUCUCCUAAGACUAGCCAUUCCAUCAUGGACCCGCCCACGGUGGACAAGAUCACCGCAGAUUCCAACCUCGCAGCUCUCGGAUACACGCCAGAGUUGUCGCGCAAUCGAUCAACAUGGCAGGUAGUCUUCAUGGUUUUCAUUCUGGCCUCCGUGCCGUACGGUCUCUCGACGACCAUGUUGUACUCCAUUGCCGGGGGCGGCUCGGCCAACAUGAUCUGGGGUUGGAUCCUGGUAUCCCUGAUCAUGUUGUGUGUCGCCGCAUCGCUCGCCGAGGUGACAUCCGUCUAUCCCACCGCCGGUGGUGUCUACUACCAAACCUUUGCCCUGUCCCCCGUUAAGUAUCGCCGAGUGGCCGCCUGGAUCUGCGGCUGGUCCUUUAUUGCCGGCAAUAUCACCAUCACCUUGGCUGUGAACUUCGCCACGGCGCUGUUUCUGAUUGAGAGUCUCAAUGUGUUUACCGACGCUGCAGGUGUCGGUAUCACAGAAGACUUUCAGGCCUAUCAGACCUAUCUGAUCUUUCUAGCCAUCACACUCGUCUGCCAUGUCAUUCCUGCCUUUGGGAAUAAGUGGUUGACACACCUGGAGACCUUUGCCAUCUUCUGGACCCUGGUAGGCGUGACUGCCAUCAUCAUCACCAUUCUGGUCGUUGCCAGUAACGGCAGACACUCUGCCAAAUAUGUCUUCACCGAUUUCUCCCCGCAAUCCGGCUGGCCAGACGGUUGGUCCUUCUGUAUCGGUUUACUGCAGGCUGCCUACGCGCUCUCGGCCACCGGCAUGAUCACCUCCAUGUGUGAAGAAGUCCGCGCGCCAGCCAUCCAAGUUCCCAAAGCGAUCGUCGGCGGCCUCACCCUGAACGCCCUGGCCGGUCUCGCCUUUCUGAUCCCCAUCGCGUUUGUCCUCCCCGAUAUCUCCUACCUGGCGAAUCUCCCCUCCGGCCAACCCGUGCCGCCCAUUUUCAAAGCCGCCACCGGCAACUCCGCCGGCGCCUUCUGCCUGCUCAUCCCAUUGUUGAUCCUCGGCAUCAUCUGCGGUGUAGGUUGCGUAACCGCGGCAUCCCGAAGCGUCUGGGCCUUCGCCCGCGACGGAGCCAUCCCAGGCUCCAAGUGGUUCAAGAAGGUCGAGCCGCGCCUCGACAACAUCCCCCUGAACGCGAUGCUCCUCGGCAUGGUAAUCGAACUCCUGCUCGGCCUGAUCUACUUCGGCUCCACAGCCGCAUAUAAUGCCUUCUCCGGUGUCGGUGUCAUGUUCUUAACCCUCAGCUACGCCUGCCCAGUUGCGGUCUCCCUCCUUCUCCGAAAGCGCCAAGAUAUCAAGAACUGCAGCUUCAACCUCGGCCCCCUGGGUCUGUUCUGUAAUAUCGUCUGUCUCGCAUGGACCUGUCUCGCCAUCCCGCUCUUCUCCAUGCCCACAUUCAUGGACGUCACCCAAGAAACCAUGAACUACGCCUCCGUCGUCUUCGUCGGUUUCUUCAUCAUCUCGGCGAUAUGGUACUGGGUGUGGGGUUAUCAGAACUACGCCGGUCCGCCGACGGAAGAGGGCAUGGAGGGCCCCCACGGCCAUUCCGAAUAGGGGACGGGCACGACCGCCUCGUUGCAAAAUUUGCCCUGGCUGAGAUGCACGCUAGAGUGCCUGGUUUGACGUCUCCACGUCCGUAUGUAUAGUCAGCUGAAAUGUAUAUCAAUGUAACGGCCAGAUAAACAUGAUUUUCUGCAUGUAAA